CUCCCACCUCCUGCUGUCUCUUGGUUGCCGUGUCCAACGCCCGCCCCCCUCACCACCAGCAGUCAUUAGAGCGAAACAGAGAAGGAUGAAGUCGACCGCUGCCUGCUGCUCGUUGCUGGUGGCUGGAGCCAGCGCCUUCACUGGGCCCUUGCCCAGCGGCUCCUGGGUGAAGCCCGUCACCCCGAUGAGCAACGCCAGGUCGCCAUGGGCGGUCAGCGCUCCGCGUGCUGCUGCCACCGCUGCUGCCCCUGGACGGACGGCGCUUUCGAUGGGCGUGCACAUGGAGUUUGACACAAAGGUGUUCGAGAAGCAGCGCAUCUCCCUGGGGGGGACCGAGGAGGACGUCGUCAAGGGAGGCCGCGACCUGUUCGAGCUCUUGCCGAAGGCCUUCGAAGGCAUCGAGAAGAUCGGGGCAAGGUACCACAGGGUGGUGGGGUGGGGGUCGCAGGCGCCCGCGCAGGCGCAGAACAUCCGGGACUCGCUUGAGGCGGCGGGCGUCGACAUCCCGGUCAAGAUCGGCCUCAGGGAGGGGUCGGCUUCCUACAAGCUGGCGCAGAACGUUGGCUUCUCGGAGGACAACGGAACGCUCGGAGAGAUGUACGAGACGAUCGAGGAGAGCGACCUGGUGAUCCUGCUCAUCUCCGACUCCGCCAUGGCCUCCAACCACGAGAAGGUCUUCUCCAAGCUCAAGAAGGGCGCUACCCUUGGGCUGUCCCACGGUUUCUUGCUGGGACACCUGGACGCCCUCGGGAAGAAGUUCCCUGACGACAUCAACGUCGUGGCCGUGUGCCCCAAGGGCAUGGGGCCCUCGGUCCGCCGCCUGUACGAGCAGGGCAAGACCGUUAACGGCUCCGGCAUCAACGCGUCCUUCGCCGUGCACCAGGACGUGACCGGCAAGGCCACGGACAUCGCGCUGGGCUGGUCGAUCGCCCUCGGCUCCCCCUUCUCCUUCCCCACCACCCUGACCGACGAGUACCGCAGCGACAUCUACGGAGAACGCGGCAUCCUCCUGGGGGCCGUGCACGGCAUCAUCGAGACCCUGUUCCGCCGCUUCAUCAAGCAGGGCAUGAGCCCCGAGGAGGCAUUCAAGCAGUCCUCCGAGUCCAUCACUGGCCCCAUCACCAAGGGCAUCAGCAAGAUGGGCAUCCUCAAGCUGUACGAGAGCCUCGACCAGGCUGGACAGGACGAAGUGUCGGUCUACUCGGCAUGCUACGCUCCCGCGAAGGAGAUCAUGCAGGAGUGCUACAACGAGGUCCGCAGCGGCAACGAGAUCCGCUCCGUGGUGAUGCAAGGGGCACGCCUGAACGACAUCAACACCGGAAAGAUCGACGGAACCUUCACCUGGAAGGUGGGAGAGCAGGUCCGGGCAGACCGCGUGGAGGAGGAGAUCCCCCUCAACCCCUUCACCGCGGGCGUCUACGUGGCGACCAUGAUGGCCCAGAUCGACGUCCUCAAGGAGGGAGGCCACUCGUACACCGAGAUCGUGAACGAAUCCGUCAUCGAGGCCGUCGACUCGUUGUGCCCGUACAUGCACUACAAGGGUGUGGCCUUCAUGGUGGACAACUGCUCCAUCACCGCGCGCCUGGGGUCCCGGAAGUGGGCGCCCCGCUUCGACUACAUCCUGGAGCAGUUGGCGUACACCGCGAUCGACAACGGGUCUGCUGUAGACGACAGCCUCAUCUCCGACUUCUUGGAGAACCCGGUACACGACGCCAUCAGGGUUUGCAGCGAGUUGAGGCCAGCGGUUGACAUCUCGUGCGCCGCUCCUUCCACCGUCAAGGAGAUCGCCCUUGCCUAAGUCUAGUUAUCAGUCUAACCCUUGUUUAGUCGUGUUAGUGUUGCUUGCGCGUUGGAAUGGCAAGUUUGGAGAUUGGCCCGAUGAACCUUAUCUUUCUAUGCCUCCGAUGAGCCGGUCAGCAACACACAUGGUUGUUUUGUCCUGAUUUGUCCGUUCGUUACCGGUACAAGGUAGUAGGUGGGCCAGGGGGUGGGGGGGGGGGGAUCGGAGCAAUGGGCCGGGAUGGUUUGUGGACCGGUUCUUGCUGUAUCAACCUCCGUUACGAUUGUUCGUUCCAGUUUGCUGACUUUCUGCUGGGGUUGAGAACCGUAUGCGGCCAGGCGCGCUUGUAUCGUUGUGUGCAACGGGAGCGCAGUCGUUGCCUUCUCCUUGUCUAGCUGUUCGUUACGUGGCAGCGGAGACCAGGCGCAGGCACUGAGUUUGCGGCUGAGAGUCGCUUGGAAAAUUCUUCACUUGCUUCUGUACAGUUUGUUUCGACACGAAUGGUUCUUGCAGUGAGACUUGUGUUUUGCCUCGGUUGACAGAGGAACCGAGUGAGGCCACAAAGCGCACACACAACACACACAGGUGGGGUCACGAGUAAAAUUCGUCGUCGCCGCGAACGAAAUGAGGCGUGUUGAUUGCGCCGAGCGAGUAAGAGGAACGAAGUCGUCGGCGAGAUGCGCGCAAUGAAGGAGAUUCGAUUGAAGCGAAGCGCAGGGGCGUGGUCGCUUCUGUGAUGGAGAGAAGAUGGCACCCACGCCCACGCUCAGAGAUGCAAGAGGUGGUGCGUAUGACGAGCACGAAUACAGCAGUGCGCCGAAGCGUUCACGGUCCACGAAACUCGAGGUUUAGGUUCAUCUCUCCGACGUGCUCUCAGAAUUACCAACGGCAGUAACUACGUACGAACGUGUCGAAAUGGGCGAUGAUAACUCUCACGGCAGGGGCAGGCGACACGAGAGAGAGCGUAACGUACUUCUUUACACCUUACGUUUGAGAGAGUUCAUGGUCCACCGUCAGCCAGUCCGGAAACAACGGCCCUACGACUGCACAG